UCCUCAACCCUUUACUUCUUACACGCACACCUCUGUUCUUUACCUCUCCAAUUUUCUUGCAAGACUGAAUCUUACGCAAUGGAUCGCCGUCUCUUCCUUUUCCGCCACCUUUCACGGCCGUUGAUUCCUCCGAUGCCUUCAACACCACAUCUCUACUGCCACAUCAAGAGAUAUACUCAGUACACCACAGGAGAUCCCGCGCAAGGAAUAGAAGAGAGAGCACCUUCGCUAGCUGAUGAGUUCAGACGAGUUGCGGAGGAGAAGGCAAAGGCUGAUCAGGAGACAACCCAUGUGGCGGAUCAAGGUGUGGCUAGUCACACCGUCAAGAAGACGUUUGACGGCGGUGAAGAGGCUUCUACUGGGGAUGGAGAUACUCAAUCAGUGAAGGACAGGUAUAAGGAGCACGAACAGGGUGCUGAUUAUCGUAGAAAGGAAUAGUAAACUAAUUAUCAAAUAGUGUGUGUAUAUUGAAAAACAGGGUGUGGAUUUCCUGGGUUUAUAGAUUGCUGAAUAAAGUUGUGAAGCUAGUAAUGAAAACUGACAUGAAUCUCGGAUAAGGCCAAAGCUAGUUCUCCAUGGAACUGCAGAAGAUGAUCCGCUUUUCCAAGGGUAAAUUGCGUAGCUCUUUGAAGCCUUUCUACAAAUAUGUGGGGAGAUAGAUGAUCUAUUACAAUCUUGCCUAUCAAAGAACUGAGAAUUGGAUUUGAUUAAUGAUUCCCCUGUUCAAGUCAUCACUGAUGGUUAAUUCUGUGAAGUCUCUUUGAUAGCUGAGGAGCUAUAUAUGCUUGGUCAUUUUAUGUGGAUUGCUGAUAUUGUUUACUGUUCCCAUGUAAAAUUUGUUGAUGUUUUCUGCAUUUCGUAGCAAGGAUGUAGCAUGUUUCUUUCAGUUUUCUUCAAUAAUUUGCCUAGGUUUCAUGAUUAA